GUUUUACAAUCGAAAUACAAACUCAUUCAUGCAGACAUUAAAUGCUUAUUCAAGUUCGGGAUCGGCAUCAAAUCCUUUUUAAAUGCAGCUUGUGUUAUGUUUUAAUAUUUCAACUUAUAUAAUUUGAUGUGCCAGGUGGGAGAAAAUAUUUUUGCAGAAUAUGAAAAUACACGUAUAAAUGGCUAAAAGGGAAAACAUUGAAAAAUGACCCUCAGAUACAGACUGGGCAGUUUUACAUGCUGCAUGGAAUUUUGGAAGUUACUGGCAUACAUCUAUAGAGUCGUUGUACAUAAAAGACCAACAACAUGGUAUCAGGAAAGGGACUGCCAUCUAAGGAUCCUAUGGCUCCCCAUCCAGGGAAUCCGAGCGGUCCACCGCCCCAAUAUCAUAGGAAUGCACAUGCUGGAUCUGUACAAAUACUAUCCCACGAUGACACUUGCAAACUGUGCCAUGAGGGUGGUCUACUACCCAUUUCAAAAGGUCACAAUUCUCCAGCAGCAGCAAAGUGAGAAAGAGAAGAUAUACAAAAACGUAACAGAUACAUUUGUCAAGAUAUUUCGACGGCAGGGAAUAAGUGGACUUCUGAGAGGUGUAACAUUCCGAGUGUUUGGACAGAUUCUGUCCUCUCUGACCUAUUUCAGUAUUUACGAGGGUGUGCGAGAACUAACGUCCCAGCCCUCUAUAGCUGGGUUCACUGCCUCCUGCACCGCCUCCUUCAUAAUCUGUCCAUUUGAUCUCAUAAACCGACACGUCAUUCUGCUAACAAAGAAGGCCACAAGUCAACAAGAGGUCCAGAUCCUGAAAAGUCUCCAGCCUCUGCGGUACCCUAAAGAAAUAAGACAUGGGGGACGGUGGAUAUUGGAGAGUUCAGUCAUCAAAGAUGUGGGAAAUAGACAUGGAUUUAAGGGGUUUUGGAGAUCUCUACCAUUGGUGAUGAUGUACAAUGGAGUUCAUAGUGCCUUGUGGUGGUCAUCAUUUGAAUUUGUCUCAGGUAUCUUGGCCAGUAUGUACCCUGAGACUUCUCGGGUGCUGAGGAAUAGUGCCAGUGGCAUAAUAUCAGGAUUUGGAGUAGCUACUGUCACAAAUGGUCUCUCCAUUACUACUACAAGAGCACAGCUGAAGCAGGCCAGUAUUCAAGAGGCUGCCAGGAAUAUCUACAGAGAUGAAGGGUUUCUUAAAUUUUUUACCAAGGGACUUCGCCCCAGAUUGCUGCAAAACAUUAUAUUUUCAUUCCAAGCCACACUAGUGUAUGAUUCUGUAAAACAGUUCUGCUUAAAGGAAAAAUAUAAGUCAAAAGUUUCAUGGUGACCAUAAAAUAGUUGUGGGCAAUAUAGCAGACAAAAUUAAAACAGCUAGAUUACAUUUUCUGUGAUCUUUUUUUAAUUAUUUUUUAAAACAUGUUUUAUAUAAUUGUAUUGUUGAGAUUAUUUCUAUAUUUGUAUCUAUUUAUUGAAUUGUGACACUGAGGUUUUGGAGGAUUAUUUUACUUUGUUCUUAGUUGUUUGUUUAAUAAAACUGAAAUCACGA